AUGGCAACUGUUCAAAAUGCGGGCGAAGCGGUGGCCAGAAUCGCCUACCUGGCCAGCGACCUCGUCCUUUCCGUCCAACCUUCUCUGCAAGGUGACUCGUUGUUCUCCAAGUCCCUGAAGUCCCUUAAGGCUAGCAAGACCGCCGGUGUGCUGUCAAGGGGUACCACAGAGGUACAAGCCGUCCGCUAUAACGAGGACCCUCUUCUGUCCACCUUCUACGCUCUCCAGAAGGGCGAGACUGUCUCUGUUGUUACUGGCUCUUCUAUCCUUAUUUCCUCUGUGCCGCACCUGUACCGCCUCGCCAACUUUCCCGUUGUCAUCCACGUCGCCCUGGAGCCCACCCCAUUCCCCGACUACUCCGUAAUUAGCUCCAUCAGGCAAUGCGGUUUCACCUUCUUGCACUCGGAGACCAUCCAGGAAGCUCAGGAUAUUGCUCUUACUGCCCAUGCCCUGGCUCACAAGUCUGGAAAGGGGGUCAUCCACUUCUUUGACCCGGCCAACUCCGCCAAAGACCCGGCUAUCGCCACUGAAGAUGUCGAGGUCGUGAAGAAGAUUCUGAACCUGGGUGGGAACACCGCUGUUCACACCGCCGGUGCUGAGGCUCUCUACACCGACUCUGGCCGUGUGGCCACAGUCUCUGCUGAGGGAUCGCAGGCCACUCCCGCUGGUCAGGAAGAGGCCUCAGCCAACUUGGCUGUGCCUUCUCAGAGCCAGACUCCGUCCAACUUCAGUGUCGAGAACUCCUCCGUCGGAUCCUCGCGACGUGAUAGCAGUGCUGGAAGCGAAGCACCUAGCUCGACUGCCACCACCGUGGACAACUCCAGUGUCCGUCCGGUCAAUGCUGCUGAUAUCUUUGAUUGGACCUCCCAGAUCUGGACCGCCUUGUCCAAGGAGGUUGGCCGCACUUACAACGCCAUUGAAUACACCGGCCCUGCUGAUGCCAAGUCUGCUGUCUUCGUUUUCGGCUCCACUGGAGUUUUUGUCGAUGCUCUGUCCAACUCUGGUGCCAACGAGCUUGAGAACAUUGGUCUCAUCACCGCUCGUCUGUACCGUCCUUGGGUUGGUGGCCAGAUUGUGAACUCCAUCCCGAACUCAGUCGAGAAGAUUGCCGUUUUGGAGCAGGUUCGCAAGACCACCAAGUGGGGCCCAUCUUUCAUGGAUCUGCUUUCCAGUGUCACCCCCUCCAGCGUCCGUGGACAGACUCUCAAGGUUGUUGGAUACCGUCUGGGAUACGUUGAGCCUUCGACUGCUGUCCAGGCUCUCCGUGGGAUUCUCCAGAACCUGGAAGCCCCCUCUCCCAUCCAAAACCUGGACAUCGGAAGCUCCGACGUUCCUUCUAUUCAGGAGGCCCUUGAACAGCCUCACAUCGAGAACGCCUACAUCAAGAUCCUAAACCAGCUUUUUGGCGAGCGUCUUUACAUUGCCAACCAGCUUGGCGCGAACAACGCUGGUAUCUCGUCUACCAUUGCCGCCAGCCCCGAGUACGGUUUUGGUUCUCUGAUUGCCCGCAAGGAGCACCGUGAGCGCUUUAUUCGCGAAGUCGAGGAGGCCUCCAAGUCGUCCAGCUUCGCUACCGAUGUUCCCAAGUCCUGGCUGUCUCGGUGGGCACUUAGUGCCAAGGAGGCCGCAAAGGCUAACAAGAUUGCCCCGGAUGUUAUUGCUCGUCUUUCAAACGACGGCUCCAAACUGUCCCGCCAGCUUCUAGGCUCUAAGAAGCUCUUCUACGAGGAGUCCCAGUGGCUUGUCGGCUCCGAUGCCUGGGCCUACGAUAUUGGCAACUCCGGUGUCCACCACGUUCUCGCUUCCGGUGCCAAUGUCAACAUGUUGAUCAUUGACUCGCAGCCUUACUCCGAGCGUGCUGCUGCCGACCCCACUCGCCGCAAGAAGGACAUCGGUCUCUAUGCUAUGAACUUUGGCAACGCCUAUGUUGCCUCUACAGCUGUCUACGGCUCCUAUACCCAGGUACUCCAGGCCAUGUCUGAGGCCGAGCAGUUCAAGGGCCCCUCGGUUGUUGUUGCUUAUCUGCCUUACAACCAGGAGAAUGAUUCCGCUCUCACUGUUCUUCAGGAGACCAAGAAGGCGGUUGACCUUGGCUACUGGCCUCUGUACCGCUGGAACCCCGAAAACGAGGAGAAGGGUGAGCCUAAGUUUGCUCUCGAUUCCGAGCGCAUCAAGCGCGAGCUGGAGGAGUUCCUUCGUCGGGACAACCAGCUCACCCAGCUCAUGAACCGUCACCCCGAGUUUUCCUCUGCCCUGUCUGCCUCUUACGGCACUGAGGUUCGCGCCCUGCAGAAGCGCCAUGCCAAGGAUGCCUACGAGAAGCUCCUUGAAGGUCUUUUCGGUGCUCCUCUGACCAUUCUGUUCGCCUCCGACAACGGAAACGCGGAGAACAUUGCCAAGCGCCUAGGUAACCGCGGUCGUGCUCGUGGCCUGAAGACCACUGUUAUGGCUAUGGACGAUUUCCCUGCCGAGGACCUGUCCACCGAGGAAAACGUCGUUUUCAUUUCCAGUACCGCUGGUCAGGGUGAGUUCCCUGUCAACGGCCGUGCCCUUUGGGAGCACAUCAAGAACUCUGGAGACCUGGACUUGUCUACUAUCAACUACUCCGUCUUCGGUCUGGGUGAUAGCCAUUACUGGCCCCGCAAGGAGGACAAAAUCUACUACAACAAGCCUACUAAGGACCUUGACGCCCGGGUUGCUUUCUUGGGUGGUCGCAAGCUCACCGAUAUUGGUCUCGGUGACGACCAGGAUCCCGAUGCUUACCAGACUGGCUACUCCGAGUGGGAGCCUCGUCUGUGGCAGGCUCUGGGUGUCGACAAGGUUGAGGGUCUACCUGAGGAGCCUGCUCCUCUGACCAACGAGGACAUCAAGAUCCAGUCGAACUACCUCCGUGGUACUAUCGAGGAGGGUCUUGUUGAUGAGAGCACUGGUGCCAUCUCCGCCAGCGAUGCUCAGCUGACCAAGUUUCACGGUACCUACAUGCAGGAUGACCGUGAUAUUCGCGAUGAGCGCAAGGCCCAGGGUCUUGAGCCCGCCUACAGCUUCAUGAUCCGCUGCCGUCUCCCCGGAGGUGUUGCUACCCCCAAGCAGUGGCUCCAGAUGGAUGCUAUUAGCAGCUCCCACGGUAACGAGACAAUGAAGCUCACCACCCGUCAAACCUUCCAGUUCCACGGUGUCAUCAAGAAGAAGCUUCGCGGUGCUAUGCGUGCCAUCAACCAGUCUCUCAUGGAUACCAUUGCUGCUUGCGGUGAUGUCAACCGUAACGUUAUGUGCAGCUCUCUUCCUGAGCUGUCCGAGUUCCACCGCGAGACUUGGGCUUUUUCCAAGAAGAUCAGUGAACAUCUUCUUCCCUCGACAACUGCCUACCACGAGAUUUGGUUGAAGGACGAGAAUGACAAGAAGGUCCAGGUUGCUGGAGAUGCCGUUGUCGACCACGAGCCUCUCUACGGCCCCACCUACCUGCCCCGAAAGUUCAAGAUCACAAUCGCCAUUCCUCCCCACAAUGAUACCGAUGUCUACGCUCAUGAUAUCGGCCUGAUCGCUAUCAAGGGCGCCGAUGGCCAUCUGGAAGGUUUCAACCUUCUUGCCGGUGGUGGUAUGGGCUCCACCCACAACAACAAAAAGACCUACCCCCAGACUGGUCGCAUGUUCGGUUUCGUUCCUAAAGACUCUGUCCACAUCUUCUGUGAGAAGAUCAUGCUUGUCCAGCGUGACAACGGUGACCGCAAGAACCGCAAGCACGCCCGUAUGAAGUACACCAUCGACGACAUGGGUGUUGACACGUACAAGGCCGAGGUUGAGAAGCGCAUGCCCGACGGUCUGCGUUUCGCCGAGCCCCGUCCGUUCAAGUUUGCUUCCAACGUCGAUACCUUCGGCUGGUUGAAGGAUGAGAAGGGUCUGAACCACUUCACUUUCUUCAUCGAGAACGGCCGUAUCGAGGAUACUGCCGACUUUUCCAUGCGUACUGGUCUCCGUGAACUCGCCGAGCUGGGCAAGGGAGAGUUCCGCCUCACUGGUAACCAGCAUCUUAUUAUCUCCAACAUCACGGAUGAGGAUCUUCCCCUCAUCAAGGAGGUCAUGGCCAAGUACAAGUUGGAUAACACCGCAUUCUCUGGCUUGCGUCUGUCUUCUUCUGCCUGCGUUGCUUUCCCUACUUGCGGUCUCGCUAUGGCUGAGUCUGAGCGCUACCUGCCCGUCCUGAUCUCCAAGCUUGAGUCCACUCUUGAAGAGAACGGCCUGGCUCGGGAUUCCAUUGUCAUGCGUAUGACUGGUUGCCCCAACGGUUGCGCCCGCCCAUGGCUUGCCGAGGUUGCCUUCGUUGGCAAGGCUUACGGUGCCUACAACAUGUACCUGGGUGGUGGAUACCAUGGCCAGCGUCUGAACAAGCUCUUCCGCUCCUCCAUCAAGGAGGACGAGAUCCUCGAGAUCAUGAAGGACCUGCUCAAGCGCUAUGCCCAAGAGCGCAACACUGAUGGCGAGACUCCUGAGCGCUUCGGUGACUUCUGCAUUCGUGCUGGUGUUAUCAAGGCCACCACCGACGGCCAGAACUUCCACGAAGGCGUUGCCGAAGAAGAUGAAGAAGAGGAGUAA